AGUAUGUGCAACUCAAAAGGAUGUGGUCGAUUGUGAGAUGAGGAAGAAAGUGAGGAGGAAGGAGUGCACUGAACUUUGACAAACAACAAAACUUGUAUGUUACUGGAACAGAACUCAGUGUAAAGUUGGACCGUGUGGACCUCUCUUAUUUAGAAAAAUGUGUGAUGAUUCUGUGAAGAUGCACUGAAGACAAAGACGAGAUGGAAGUGGAGGACACUGGUGAAACAAGGACUUCCUGGUCCACAGCAGCAGAAGACAAACACAUCCUCUGUGACCAUGCUGGGAAGAAGAGAAAACAAGACCCAGCCCCUGCACCUGUGAUCAGAAUCACAGAGGAUGAAGAGGAGGAUGAGGACGGUGAAAUAAUGUCCGACCACAUGAAGGAUUCAGAGGAGCCCAGUAAUAAGAGGGUCAAACCAGUGGUCAAGUCAAAUAGCCUAACAGGGCUCAUAACCCCAACGAAGACCCCCGCUCUGAAACGCAUUGGACAGUCCAUUUCGCGCUCCAUCAGUUUUCGCACAGAGGCUCGACCUUUGCCACCAGCCCCCCUGCGUGCUCGCACGAAGGCCUCGUCGUUUCCACGCCGACGAAACAGCCAAUGCUGGAGCGACACCGUGGAGAGUCAUGACCUGACUGCAAAGGAGAUCAAACGGCAAGAGGUGAUUUAUGAGCUCACUCAGGGAGAAAGGCAACUCAUCGAUGACCUCAGUCUGGUCAAGAAGGUGUACUAUGAGCCCAUGCUGAAGUUGGACAUUAUGACAGAAAGCGAACUUGGACAAAUCUUUGGUACACUCGACUCUCUUAUCCCUUUGCAUCAAGAUCUCCUGAGUCGUCUGGAGCGGCUGAGGGGAUCAGAGAAGACAGUCGGAGAGGUUGGGCCUACUCUGAUGAACUGGUUUCCUUGUCUGGAGGCCUAUGUAACAUACUGCUGUAACCAGGUGGGGGCUAAAGCUCUGCUGGACCAAAAGAAGCAAGAGAAAAGAGUGGAGCACUUCCUGCGGCUGUGUCAGGAGUCCUCAUUCAGCAGGAAACUGGACUUGUGGAACUUCUUAGAUCUCCCCCGAAGUCGUUUAGUGAAAUACCCGCUGUUGUUAAAAGAGAUCCAGAAGUGCACACCUCCAGAUCACCCGGACGAGGACACAUUACCUGAUGCUUUGGAGUUAAUCCAGAGCAUUGUGGGGGAGGUGAACAAGAAGACGGGAGAGGCCGAGUGUCAGUUCUACAGGCGAGGUCUCAGCUACCUGGAUGAGAGUCAGAGACUACCAGAGAUCCAGCUGUCCCGCUUCCUGUACUGCCACGGAGAGCUGAAGAACAACAAGGGCCAGCGGCUGCAUGUCUUCCUGUUUGAGUUGGCGUUGGUGCUUUCCAGACCGGGGGAGGACAAGGACGGAGGUCAGGUGUUCAAUGUGUACAGACAACCUCUGCCCAAUGCCCUGAUCAACCUGGAGGAGAUCCCAGACGGGGAGGCUGCUGGAGGGGGCACCUUCAGGGGGGCAUUCACUGGAAAUGAUAAAGUGAGGAACUGUUUCCGUGUGAGCAGCAGAGGGCGCUCCAAAGUAAACCCUUACAGCCUGCAGGCCAACGACUCCUUCAGCAAGCAGCAGUGGAUCACCUGUCUGCGCCAGGCCAUCGUCCAGUCCAGAGACCGGACAGCUCAGACCAGCCAGUCGCAGCUCUCCCUCCACACCGAUCCCGCCCUGUACCACAUAGCCGAGCUCAGCCUCAGCUCGGACACGGACAUGGAGGACCACACCGGCCGCUGACUUUUAUUUUAAAGACUGAACACAAGUGGGCCUUUGGGAUGUCUAUAGAACUGUACAUUGGUAUUUGUUGUACAUAAAAUGUGAAGGCCCAUUGCGGUUAGACAUCUGCAUUGAAUUUCCAACUUGGAUGGUUUUAAUUUCCCACAUUUUUGAUCGAUUGCAUGAUUGGGAUGUAGUGUUUUAACAGUAUUAUUGAAUGUGGAUUCCCUUUGUGAAGUUUUUUUUUUUUUUUCAAUUAUUGCUGUUAAUGUUGUUGUUUUUUUUUAAAUAAACUGACACUGAAA